UCGCAUCGUAGGACCAGCACUUAAGUCUGACAGAAGCUAAAUGCCGUACUGUCUCUUUCUCGCCAAGCCUUGAACACCUGACCUCGCGACAGCGUCUGCCUGAAGCUCAACCUCUUUACGCGUCUCAACGGCUGCUCUACAAAUGCAAUCCACCCAAUUAUCGUAAUCGCCAGCAUCAAAUAUGGCGAGCAAGGAAGCAAUCAUCUACAUCGUGGAUCUUGGGUCCACCACUGGUGACUGUCAUAAUGGCAGGACUAUCAGUGACCUCGACUAUGGAAUGGAUUAUGUAUGGGACAAGAUUGCAACGAUUAUGUCUGCAAACAGGGUUGGGCUCAGCGUCGGCGUCAUUGGCUUCAGAACAGACGAAACCGACAAUCCUCUCGAAGGCGACGGGGAGUACGAGAACAUAUGCGUGCUGAAGCCCUUAGGCACCAUGGACAUUCCAAGCCUCGAAAUCCUUCGGUCACAGAUACACAGUAGUUCUACCGACACGGGAGACGCUGUGUCCGCAGUGAUUCUUGCCAUUGAUCUCAUCGAAAAAUUUACUACCCUCAAGAGUGGAAAGCCUGCGAAGUCUGCUCGUAAGAUAGUUCUGGUUACAGACGGGCAGGGAGGAAUUGAUGAUGACAACAUUGAGUCAAUUGCCGAGAAACUCAAUGAGGUUGGGAUCGAACUUGUCGUACUGGGUAUCGACUUUGAUGACCUCGAAUAUGGAUUUAAAGAAGAAGAUAAAGCUUCUCUGAAAAAGCACAAUGAGGCUAUCUUGGCGAAACUGGUCGAGCAUUGCAAAAAUGGCAUGUUUGCAACAAUGGCCGAAGCUCUGGCUUCUCUGGCCAACCCGACGGUCAAGUCUACAAGGCCCUUCAAGGUGUAUGAUGGACGCCUCGGCCUUGGUGACUUCGAAAAGUAUCCUGAAAGUGCGUUGUACAUUGAUGUGCAACGAUACUUUAGAACAAAACAGGCGAAAGCUCCCUCGGCCAGUAGCUAUGUUCCCAAGGCUGCCGCGAACGGGGAAGCAAGUGUGCAGUCAUCUCACACCCUUGAGGAUACCGAGAUGACAGAUGCCCCUGAGCUCUCCGCGGUCAAGACUACCCGAACAUACCACGUCAACAGUGCCGCAGGUGUUGAUGGAACCAUAAAUGUCGAUCGAGGAGAACUGGCUAAAGGAUACUAUUACGGCAGUAGUGCCGUACCAUUUGGGGAAGACGAAGCAGACAUCACCAAAUUCGACAGCCAAGCAGGGUUUUCUAUUAUCGGUUUCGUGCCAAAAGACAAGUAUGAGAGGUACCUCAACAUGGGUGAAAGCUGCAUUACCAUUGCUCAGACAGUCAACGACAAGGCACGAAUGGCUAUGUCCUCGCUUGUGCAUGCCCUACACGAGCUGGAUUCAUAUGCCGUGGCUCGAAUUGUUGUAAAGGAGGGCAAAUCCCCUCAACUCCUUCUUCUGGCUCCAUCCAUUGAGUCCGAACUAGAAUGCCUCGUUGAUGUUCCACUGCCAUUUGCUGAGGAUAUCCGAGUAUAUCGCUUUCCUCCGCUGGAUAAGGUAAUAGGCUCGUCGGGCACCGUUAUCACCAAGCACAGGUAUCUCCCUUCGGAUGACUUGGUCACAGCUAUGAGCGAUUAUGUGGACAGCAUGGACCUCAGCACUCUUGGAAAGGAUGACGAUGGAAAUCCCACUGAGUUCAUGACCAUUGAAGAAACAUUCUCUCCGACCGUCCAUCGUGUGAAUCAAGCAAUUCGGCAGCGAGCAAUCCAUCCAGACGGGGAGGUUGGUGAGCCAGCCCCUGUAUUAACCAAAUGGUCGAAGCCACCAGCUGAACUUAUCGCGAAUGCUGAGCCUCAACUAGAAGCUCUUUUGAAGAUUUCUGGAGUGACAAAAGUACCAGAGAAGGCUAAGGGAAAACGAGGACGAGAGGUUAUUACGCCAAUGUCCGGUCUGGACGUCAAUGCGCUUCUCAAUACCCGCAGAAAGAAGAACGAUAUUUCGCAUGAAAAUGCAAUCCCGGAGUUCAAGCAGCUGAUGCAAGUGACCGAAAAGGAUGAAGAUAUCUUCAAGGCCGUAGGUCAAAUGGGAAAUGCAGUGCGGCAGUCCUUCAAAAACACCAAAGGCGAUGUCAACCAUGCUAUCAUAUUCUCACAAAUCAAGGCCGUGAGAGACGAGAUGAUCGACAUAGACAUGCCAGAGAUUUACAAUGACUUCAUCGGGGAUCUGAAGACCCGCAUAUUCCAGAAGAAGGAAUUCGGAGAUCAAAGGAACUUUUGGGCGGAUUUCAAGUUUCAAAAUCUUGGUCUAAUUCGAGGGUCCCGAAGUGCUGGAGUAACUGAGGAGGAGGCAGCCGAGUUCUUGAAAUUUGGAUGAACCAUAUCACUCUUCUCAGCAAGCAUGUGUAGAUUAUGUACAGAUAGCUAGUGAGAGUGUUGGUGUUUGGGGUCUGAUACCAAGGAAAAGUCGAUUAUUGUCUUGUGCGCCAUAAUGAAUUGAGUCUGGAACCUUAUAAUUACGCUUUGCAGUUUCGAUGAUUGAUGCUAGCCACAAAUCCUUGG